ACUCGAGGCUCGAAUGAGCCGCACACACUCCUCUCCGCCUGUGCGUCCAAUCAGCGGGAGCUCUGCAGCGCCUUUCUGCUCUAAUUGGAUGGAGAUGGGAGAGGAAUACGCAGCUUUGUCACAACGUAAACACACACGCUCGUCUCUCUCGCUCCGUGGAGGACGCUCCGGAUAGAGCAGAUGGACUAAACGAAACCGAGAGAACCGGGGAGGUUUUUAAACUUUCUGUCUUUGACAAUUUUUAAUAGAAACGUGCUGUAAGCGAGCGUUUUAAAAGCUUGUCAGUUCUCGGACUGAAAAGGACUGAAAGCGCUGUUUUCCAUACUGUAAGGUCCGUGGAUUACGCACAGUGGAGCUCCCGGGACAGAGAAAAGUUUUGAAGACCGUUUUUCCCUUGGCGAAGGAAUUAAAUAAAGAAUAUUUUGCAGUUAUUUCUGUACAUGCAAAAGCUGCUUUUUAACUAAACCCGAGCCUCUCUGGAGGAGUGAUCUCGCUUCUUUUUUAAAGCAAUCACAUUGGCUGAUUUCAUGCCGAGAUAGAUUGAAUUUACUGAUGGAUUAGAAUAAACUUAGACUUCAGACGAGAGAAAUAGAUCUUUACAUUAAUGCUUUGGGACAUGGCAACAGCCACCUCGAGCCCAUACCUCGCCAGCAGCAGGAUUUUAUCCGGCCCGGUCCUUCACUCUGACCGGAGAGGAGGCGGCAUGCAGCCGGGCAGCCCCGCUGUCACCACGGUGUCUUCGGGUUACAGAGGAGACCCUUCAGUCAAGAUGGUGCAGAGUGACUUCAUGCAGGGCGCCAUGGUGGGGAGCAAUGGUGGCCACAUGCUGAGCCAUGCCCACCAGUGGGUGACAUCGUUGCCUCAUGCAGCAGCCGCAGCAGCCGCAGCUGCGGUCGCGGCAGCAGAGGCUGGGUCCCCGUGGCCCCCAAGUUCCCAGCCGCAGGACGUGAAGAGAAACAGGGAGGACCUCCACCCAGGCUCCGCUCUGCACCACCGACCUCCACACCUAGGAGCGCAUCAGGCGCACGCGGGAAGUUGGGGAGGCUCCUCCACUGCGCACAUCAGCAUUAGCGAAGGGCAGCAGCAUCAGCAGCAGUCUCUGAUUUACUCUCAGCCCGGAGGGUUCACUGUCAACGGGAUGCUCAGCUCACACAGCGGCCAGAGCCUCAUGCACGCGGGGCUGGUGCGAGGGGAAUCCCCGGAACUUGACCACAACAGCCACCAUCCUCAUCAUCACCACCACAACCACCACGCGCACCACCACCAGCACCACGGGGUGAGCCACGACCCGCACUCAGACGAGGACACCCCCACCUCUGAUGACCUCGAGCAUUUCGCCAAACAAUUCAAACAGCGACGCAUCAAGCUGGGCUUCACGCAGGCGGACGUGGGGUUGGCUCUGGGCACCCUGUACGGCAACGUCUUCUCCCAGACCACCAUCUGCAGGUUCGAAGCCCUGCAGCUCAGCUUCAAGAACAUGUGCAAGCUGAAGCCUCUGCUCAAUAAAUGGCUAGAAGAGGCCGACUCCACCACGGGGAGCCCCACCAGCAUCGACAAGAUCGCCACGCAGGGCAGGAAGAGGAAAAAGCGCACGUCCAUCGAGGUGAGCGUCAAAGGCGCGCUCGAGAGCCACUUCCUCAAGUGUCCCAAACCCUCCGCGCAGGAGAUCAACUCUUUGGCGGACACUCUGCAGCUGGAGAAGGAGGUGGUCCGGGUCUGGUUCUGCAACCGCAGGCAGAAAGAGAAGCGCAUGACGCCGCCAGGACUGCCGCGCACCCCGGAGGACGUGUACUCACAGGUGGGCAGCAUGGGACCCGAUACCCCGUCACCCUCCAUAGACUGUAAGAGGAUGUACAGCGACACGUGAAAGGAAAUCUGACCAGCAAGUGUUUGAAUACAAAAUAUUUCAUGUUUCCUUUAAACAAAUUCUGACUAUUGAUGAACUUUUCUUACAGAUCCACGCGUCCUUUGACCCACAAUAAUGCUGUGUGUACAUUUCAGAGCUGGACCUGUGUCUACUUUUAUGCAUCCCCGGGUACUUUACUGCACUAUGAAUCAGCCUUUGGGACAGUAAAUGAACAACUGAACCAAAAUAUGUGGAGAAGGUAAUUGUAACUCCAUUUAAGGUAAUGUUUGUUUACCAGAAAAGAUGGAGAUCAAAAGUUCAAACCAUUAUAGUUAUUUCCAGUUUUUCUGUAUUGAUAAAACUCAGAGUUCCCUUGUAGUGUUGGAGGUUUUUAUGUCCCACAGGCUGUAGUGUUUCUUCUAUAACGACGUUCAUUUAAUGCGUUUUGUUCAGCAUUAAGUUGUUUUAAAUGAGCAAUAAUUUCCCUUCCUGAAACACAUUUCUUGCUUUGUGUUUUGUGUCAGUGGAUUUCUGUUGUAACCCAGUUUAACAUGAUCAAAAUAACGUUUAAUACAUUUCCAGUUUUGUGUUUUCCUGCAUAGAAAACUUGUUUUUUAAAACUAAAACAUACUCCCUCAACUUUAUCAUGUACUAGUUAUUCUGCGGUGUGUUCCUGUGUGAUGAUUUGGACUAUUUAUUUUUUUCCACUGUGUUUAUUUUCAUGGAAUAGUAUAAUUAUUUAAAUAAAUAUGACCAAAAAAGACGAUAUUGUGUUAAGAUAUCUGA